AGAGAGCGAGGCAGGAAGCUGCCUGCAGGCUGGGAGUGGUCUGAUGUAUAAAAGACAAACUCGUCUUCCUACUUUCUGCACUCCACUGUUCUCUUCCCUCUCUUCGACUCAGCAAAGACUAUACCUGCACAGGAGUGUAUUUCCACCAUGGCAUCGUGGCAGUCAUAUAUCAGCAAUCUGACAGACGGAGUAGUGGAAUCUGCGGCAAUCUGCGGCUUCGCCAGCGGAGCAGAGAGUGUGUGGGCCAGCACAACCGAUCUGGCAUGCAUCGCGAAGGAGGAAAUCAGGAAGAUGGCGCAUGACCGAAAGGAUUUCCCCAUUAAUGGAGCUUAUCUGGGGGGAAGGAAGUGCCGGUUUCUCAGAGACCAGAUGGAUGUUGAAGACUUCUUCCUUUGUACCUUCAAAACCGCACAAGCGGCUGAUGGAACCACCGUCAACGUUUGUGUCGGAAAGACCAAGCAAGCCUUAGUCAUAGCUUUCGCCAAAAAAGAUGUCUCUGGUGGCCCGCUGAAUGAAAGCGUGUACAAAAUUGUUAAGUAUCUGCGAGAAACAGGUUUCUGAAGAGAUGAGACAGCCAAUGCCUCCUCCUUUACCCACCAACAAAGAUGGCUGCCGUCCCCUCCGCAUCAACUCAAGACAAUGUCCUCUGAUCUAAACGUCUUUGUUCUUCUCGUAGAGAUAGUUUUCACAUAGUUAUGGGAUGAAUCAAAAUUGCUAAAGUUUAUUUUUCAAAGUUCAAGAGCUACUUUGCUGUUGCUGUUUAAACCAGGGAUCCAGUGUUACAAUUACUUACAGUGCAGAUGUGUCCAUGUCUAAUCACAGGUCUGUGGAAACACAUCACACACCUCAAAAAUAAAAAGAUUCAUAUUGUUUAUUCUUGAAAAAAA